UAUACCCUACAAUGGUUAAUCCAAAAAGGAAGAAUUAAUAGAAUUUAUAAGAAAUGUUGGAAACAAUGAAACUGUUUCUAACUAAUUACUAUUACAGAAAGCAGAUCGUUUCUCAUAGCAUACACAAACGAGUACUUUUGAUAUCAAAAUUUAAUUGUAUUGAUGAUGAAAGGAGAUCGUUUUUCAUAGCAUACACAAACUAGUAUUUCUGAUAUUAAAAUUUCAUUUAAUUGUAUUGACGAUGAAAUAUGAAUGAUAUAUACUUACAAGCAUUCUUAUUAUUUCGAGUGAAACAUACCAAGGAACUGAAGUUAGUUUUGUUAAAUUCAAUGCCAGAGAACAGCUUCAAAAUAUUUCCUGUCCUGAAAUUGCUUAUCUUGUCCCAUCUGCUCCUGUUGGCAUCAAAUUCAUGCGCUCAAGCAUUGCUGAGCACAAAUGAGACUGACCAGGAUGUGUUGCUAGCACUGAAGGCAGGUCUAAGCCUGCAGUCAGAUUCACUGGCCUCAUGGGAAAAAGGCACUGAUUUCUGCUGGUGGAUCGGCGUCAUCUGCAGUCACAGGCACAAGCACAGGGUAUUGGCACUGAAUCUAUCCUCCACAGGACUUGUGGGAAGCAUAGGCCCUUCCAUCGGAAAUCUCACGCACCUGAGAAGUCUAGAUCUUAGCUGCAAUCUACUGAAUGGAGAAAUCCCUCCACAAAUUGGCCAUUUAGCACAUAUGUCAUUCCUUGACUUGUCAAAUAAUUCACUCCAAGGUGAAAUCCCUGUGACAAUUGGCCAUCUACCAUGGUUAUCGUAUCUUGAUCUAUCAAACAAUUCAUUGAGAGGUGAGGUCGCAGUGGGCCUAAGGAACUGCAGUCACCUUGUGAGCAUCAAACUUGAUUUGAACCACCUUACUGGAGGAAUCCCCAAUUGGCUUGUGGAUCUGCCAAUGCUGGAGUCCAUGUCGCUAGGUAAGAACAACUUCACUGGUGUCAUCCCACCAUCACUUGGCAACCUCUCAUCACUGCAGGAAGUUUACCUCAACGACAACCACUUAUGCGGACCAAUACCUGAGGGCCUUGGGACACUUGGUAGCCUUAAUGUGCUAGGUCUUCAAGUAAACCACCUCUCAGGCUCUGUCCCACAAACAGUCUUCAACUCAACACUGGUCCACAUUGGCAUGCAGAUGAACGAACUUGAGGGCACACUGCCCACAAAUUUGGGCAGUAGCCUACCAAAAAUCAAAUACCUUAUUCUUGCUGAGAACCAUUUCAAGGGACCCAUUCCAGCUUCAAUUGCAAAUGCAACCACAAUGAGGUCUAUAGACUUGUCUGGUAACAACUUCACUGGAAUUGUGCCUCCAGAGAUUGGGACUCUCUGCCCGGACUACCUGCUGCUCAACAAAAACCAGCUGAAGGCAAGCAGUGUCCAAGAUUGGGAGUUCAUCACACCCUUGGCAAAUUGUACAGUUCUCCGUGGUGUCACACUGCAAAACAACAGAUUUGGUGGUGUGAUUCCGAGCUCUAUAUCCAACCUAUCAGCUCAGCUUGGAAUCCUAGAUAUCAGAUUCAACGAAAUAUCUGGUAGGAUACCAAAUGGAAUUGGUAACCUUCCCAAACUAUUUAAGUUGGGGCUCUCUGGCAACCAAUUUACUGGUCACAUACCUGAAAGCAUUGGAAGGCUAAAAUUGCUCCAAUUCUUGAGGUUAGAGAACAACAAAUUGUCUGGGGCAUUGCCAUCCUCGCUUGGGAACUUAACACAGUUGCAGUACCUUUCAGUGGAUAACAAUAGCUUGGAGGGACCUCUUCCUGUGAAUCUUGGGAACUUACAACAGCUUAUUUGGGCCACCUUUUCAAACAAUGUACUUUCAGGUCCAUUACCAGGAGAGAUCUUUAGCCUAUCGUCCUUGUCAUACAUUCUGGAUUUGUCUGGGAAUCGUUUCAGUAAUUAUCUUCCAUCUGGAGUUGGUAGACUCACAACACUAACAUACUUGUACAUACACGGGAACAACUUAUCUGGAGUGCUGCCAGACUCUCUCAGCAAUUGUCAGAACUUAAUGGAGCUUCGUUUGGAUGAUAACUCCUUCAAUGGUAAUAUUCCUACGUCCAUAAGUAAAAUGCGCGGUCUGGUACUGUUAAAUUUGACAAAAAACAGCCUCACUGGUACGAUACCUCAAGAAUUAGGAUUCAUGAAUGGCAUGGAAGAACUGUACCUUGCAAAAAAUUACUUAAUUGGACAGAUCCCUGGGACCAUGGAAAGCAUGGCAUCGUUAUAUAGGCUAGACAUAUCCUUCAACCGUCUUGUUGGCCAAGUUCCGAAGAAUGGCAUGUUUACCAAUUUGACAGGGCUAUCUUUUAAUGGGAAUGCUAAACUAUGUGGCGGUAUUGAAGAGUUGAAUUUGCCUAAGUGCCCUACCGAAUCCGUGGAGCAUGAUCGAAGGAUACCAAGAGUCAUUCGAAAUGCCAUUGCAGUAAUUUCUAUUAUCAUCUUGGCAUGCUUCAUCGUGGCACUUAUUUUCUUAUUUUCAAAGAAGGCAUUGAGAUCUCCAUCUGCAAAAACAAUGACGGUGGAUCCUUCAUUGUUGGAUGGCAUGUAUCCUCGACUUUCAUUUUCUGACUUGUUUCAAGCAACAAAUGGCUUCAGUGCUGACAAUUUGAUUGGUAUGGGACAGUAUGGAUCGGUUUAUAAAGGGGAAAUCCUGCUGAAGGAUUUAGUAACUACUAUAGCUGUGAAGGUUUUUGAUCUUGAACAACCUGGCUCAUCAAAAAGUUUUUUGACUGAGUGUAAGGCGCUUAGCAAAAUUCGCCACCGGAACUUGAACCGUGUCAUAACUUGCUGCUCUUGUUCUGAUUUGAACCAGAAUGACUUCAAAGCUCUAGUCUUGGAGUUCAUGUUCAAUGGGAGCCUUGACAAGUGGUUACAUCCGAAGGUAGAUUCUUCAUAUCAUGUCAAUGUACUGACAUUACUGCAGAGAUUGAACAUUGCUGCUGAUAUUGCCGCUGCACUAGACUAUUUGCACAACGACUGCCAUCCUUCAAUAGUUCAUUGUGAUGUCAAGCCCAGAAACAUUCUUCUUGGAGAGGACUUGGUUGCUCGUGUCGGAGAUUUUGGCCUCACAAAGAUUCUCACAGAUCCUUUGGGCGAGCAAUUGAUCAAUUCAAAGAGUUCUAUGGGGAUACUAGGAACAAUUGGAUAUGUUGCUCCAGAAUAUGGUGAAGGUGGUCAGAUUUAUCCACAUGGGGAUGUCUAUAGCUUUGGUAUUGUACUGCUUGAGUUGUUUACAGGGAAGGCACCUACGCAUGACAUGUUUACUGAUGGACUGAACCUGCUGAAGUAUGCAAAGAUGGCGUAUCCAGCACGACUGAUGGAGAUAGUCGACCCACUUCUGCUAUCCCUUGAGGCUGAACCAGGGCAAAUCAAUGUCAUCAUGAACUCUAUUACAAAGCUUGCAUUAUCAUGCAGCAAGAACAGACCAAGUGAAAGGUUGUGCAUAAGAGAUGUUGUAGAUGAGAUUCAGACAAUAAAGACUUGCUAUAGUAUUGCAGAAUGAAACAAGGCAAAGUAGUUCCUGAGUUAUGCAGCAUAAGCGCCUUGUGCAUGAAGUUUAGUAACAGUAAAUGACAUCGAGGAAGGAAAAACAACCUAGAAAUAUGGAAGAAAAAGUGUAAUUAAAGCGAUCAUCAUAUCAGAGAGUAUUGUAGUACCCCACUUACAAUUGAGACUGGUCAUACUUUUCU